AUGGACGUGAAACCCGCGUUCAGGGACGAGGUGAAGGUCCCUGCACCGCAGGAUGUGCCGUUUCCCAGGUUCGUGAAACCGCCUCCUGCACGUCCACGUACAUCUCGCAGUCGCAGCUCGUCGGCCGAUUCCUGCGAACUGCAGAUCGUGCUUGGACCUCCAGGAAGACCCGGGAGGCUCAAGGUGUCCGGGGCCAACAUCGAUUCGAUGGUCAACUGCGAUAGCAACAGUCUUCGACUCAGCGAUUACCUUCGGCUGACCAACCGUCCUGGACCUGAGCUCUCCUUCGGCAGCGCUUUGCACGUUGGCGAUGGUGUGAACGCAGUGUGCAUGGUCUGCAGUCAUCACAAGCCUCCCUUGAAGACCUGCAAGAGAGGGGCCUUGUGUGAUUUCUGCCACUUGCACGAUGGGCGCCGCAACCGACGCCCACGCAAAGCGCAGGACCGAUCUGGUCGGAUGACCUGGAAUGACACCGAAAUACCAGUGCUUCAGGGCAUCCGCCUGUAG